UGUGAAUUGGUAUAUUUAUACAUAUAUCACAACGGUUGUAAUGAACAUUUGUUUUGAAAUUUAGUUUAAUUCAUUAUUUUUAUUAAUUAUUAUAUUUUAGUAAUGGGUACUUCAAGAAAUAUGGAUUUAAUUUCAGAAGAUUCCUUUUUUUGGUCAAAAAAUAGAAUAAAAACAUUUACUUAUUGGCCAUUUCAAGAUUCAACAUUACCAUGUAAUCCUAAACAAAUGGCUGCUGCAGGAUUUAUUGCAAUUGGUGGUAGUCAGGAACCAGAUUUGGUAGAAUGUAUAUUUUGCUACAAAAAAUUGGACGGUUGGGAAUCUUCUGAUGAUCCCUGGAUUGAACAUUCUCGUCAUCAAAAUAAAUGCCCUUUUAUAGCAUUAAAUAAAAAAGAUGAAAUGACAUGGACAGUCGAAGAAUUAUUUAUAUUAACCAAACAGUAUAUUGUUGAAAAAUAUAUUCAUGCGAAUAAGAAAAAACGAGAAUCACUAAUAAAAAAUUUUGUUGAAGAUAAAGAAAAUGUACUAGCCUCAAUGAAGAUUACUUCCAGCAAGAAGAGAAAUUUGUAGAAAUGAUUUUAAUAUUAUUAUAUUACUAGUACAGUGAAUUAAUGGUAUGUAAUGAAAAGAUAUUUCAAUCAAUAAGAUACUUUUAUUUAUUAUACACAUUUAAUAAUUAAAUUUUUA